CAGCAACUUGAACUGCACCAGUUAAGCUGAAGCUCAGUUCAGAAUGAAGAUCAUCAUCACCUUCUGCCUGAUCACAGGUCUAGUGAGCAGCACUAAUGUGAUAAGCUACUCUGGGGGCAGUGUAAUAAUGACCAUGGGUGAUCGUCAUCGGUGGAGCUCACACACUCCAAAGUAUAUCUGCAAGUUUGCAGGAGGUGCCUGCAAAACUGUAAUACAGUCUACUGCUCAAAAUGAUACUGUUUUUGAAGGAAGGUUCUCGCUGUAUGAAAGUAAACAAGGACAUUUCGGAGUGUUAAUCAGAGAGCUGAACCCACAGGAUGCUGGAAAAUACCGAUUUGGAUUGGCUAAUAAUUGGAAUCGGGAAAUAAAUCUGAAAGUUCACCAUGAUGCUUGUUGUGGGAUGUCAAUGACAGUGGUUGGACAUCUGAACAAGGAUGUCAGCAUCAGUUGUGACUAUACAGUGGAACAUAAGAGAACAUGGAAGUACUUCUACAAACUGAAAGGUCACUCAGCUGAUUAGGUCAUUUUUACGAUGCCUGACAAAAACCACAAAGAAAAUCAGUUUUACAUCACUGAUGAUAAUCGUUUAAACCUUUUCACCAUGACCAUCCGUGAGUUGAAAGAAGAGGAUGGUGGGGUUUAUUUCUGUGGCACACAGACCUGGGAAUAUCCAAUCAAAGUGUUCUCUACAAUCAAAACUGUACAUCUCCAUGUUACUGGUGAGAUAAACAUGAAGUCAUCUAUUAGCAGUGGUGAACUGUGAUUAUUAGAGCUGGGCUUUCAGUUUAGGACUUUACAAAAGUCAAAACUUGUAGUAAUAGCCUGUAACAGACCUGAUUAGAAGACUUUUAAAGCUUGAAAAACAAUUUGCACAUUUUUUAUUUGAGGCUUGUAAAAGACAUUAACAUAUAGACAAAAAAUGAGCCACCUUGCAUGUUUAAGGUGGUAGUAGUAGAAGGAAAGGUCACCAGUUUUAUUCUGUGAAGGAUCUAGAACUUCUGGAAGUUUUUUUUU